UUGAAAUUAAUAUUGACCAGAUUAACAUACUUAUGAAAAAAUAUAAUGUUACAAUAACCAGCAAACCCAAGUAUCCGUUAAUGAAAGCAUUAUUGUCGUUCCAUAUCUUAAAGAAAAUAAUGGAGGAAGUGGAAUUAUUCUUUAAGAAAAAUAACGAUUCUUCAUCGGUUUUACAUCUGGAAGCAGAUAUCAUGUCCAAAUCAAAAAUGUUAGAAAAAAGGCUAGUUGAAUUCUCUAAAACUAGAAAUGAAAAAGACUCAAUAACCCAAACAGCAUCAAUAAAGAUACGACAAGAAGUUAAUAUCGCUCUUAGUAAUCGAGGAUUUUCAGAUGUUUUAAAUAAGAAUGCUACACAAGAGCACUAUUUCAUUAGCCAUUUUAAAAAUAUUUUAAAUGAAGAAAUGAAUAAAUAUCGUAUAAUUAAAGAUCCAGCAAAGAAAGAAUCCAUCGAGAAUAUGGCACCGAAACUUAUUCGAGAAUUAAUUAGAAUAUUUUGGUUUCG